UGUUUAAUCGGGUUCUCUUUAUCUAGUUUUAAGGCUUAUGUGGAGAACAAAUCCCAUUUUAGGUCAUAUGGAUGCAGAAAUAUUGAAAAUUCAAAAGGUUCACAAAUGUUUAAGCACUACGAUAUGCCCCAGCUAAUAGAAACCAAUUGUUUCUUGCUGACCUCAACUGAGCUGGAAACAGAUGUCUCGUCCUGCCCCACCCAACAAUAAUAUGAAGUCCCAGAAGCAUGAUGCAUAUCCCGGAGCUUGAAUUCCAUAUCAAAAUACUCUGAGUUGAAUUAUGAUGCUCUGGGAUGGUCUGGGGAUUCCUCCCCAGAGAAGGGAGUUGGACCUGGACCUCUAAGAUCCCUCUUUCAACUCCAGGAUUCUAGGACUAGAACCUCCUUCUUCUCCACAUUACACAAAGAUUUCAAGUUCAAACACAUCCAUGUUCAUUAAAAAAAAAAAAAAAACUCUCAGUGUGAACAGGCAAAGCAUGAAGAUAAUGACAUAGAAGCAAAAGGCGAACAUUGGAUGUUAUUAACCACUUCAGGGACAGGAAAACCACAACUGCUUUUGUAACCUCAGAAAUGGAAUUAGGCAGUCCCAUGCUGAACUCCCAUAUGACCACAUGCUUUAUAAAUACUGGUUGCCCUUUAUUUUUUGCGAGGCUUCCUCCUGGCACACCAGUGAUGAAUUUCUGGGAGACCGGGCUGUGCGCUCUCCUGGCAACCUUCAUUGCAAUACUUCUUGGAGGACUCUACACAAUAGGAGCAUUUCGCAAGAGGAAAUCCACGGAACCACCCCUGGACAAGGGUUUAAUUCCAUGGAUAGGCCAUGGGAUAAGUUUUGGGAGAAACCCUGUACAGUUUUUGGAAAGGAUGAUGAAGAAACAUGGGGAUAUUUUCACCAUGCUGCUUGGGGGCAAUUAUUUACAUAUUGUGAUGGAUCCUAACAUUUAUGGAUUUAUAGUAAAGACAUCAAACAGCAAGCUGGAUUUUAGUGCAUUUGCAGCAAACAUAGUCAGUAAGGUAUUUAAUUUUCAACCAACAGAAAUUCAUCAUAAGAUUGUGAAAGGUGGGAGCAAAAAGUACCUCAGAGGUAAAAGUCUAGCUUUCCUAAAUCAAAUAUUCAUGGAGAAUCUGAACGCCAUAUUGCUUCACAACCAAGAUUCAGGUGAGGAGAAAAGACGCUGGCAUCAGGAGGGUCUUCUGCACUUCACCUACAAGACCAUCUUCCAAGCUGCUUUCCUGACUUUAUUUGGCUCUGACUCAGAGAAGGAUGCCCCCAGAAAAGAAAAUGCUCAGGAGAGAAAAUGUAAACAUUGUGAGAAGUUGUUUGAAGAGUUUCAGCAAUUUGAUCAGUUCUUUCCCCAAAUGAUUCUCAACAGCCUGGAUCCCCAAAGCAAGAAGGAGACUCAGAGACUGAGGAGCUACUUCUGGGAUCUCCUGUCUGUAGAAAAGCUGUACGAGAGGGAGAACAUCAGCAGCUGGAUAGUGGAGCAAGAUUACCAGAUGACUGAAGCUGGGAUGAAUGAAAAGUUGAGGUCGCAGAGCCAGCUACUUCUCCUAUGGGCUUCUCAAGCAAACACCGGUCCAGCAGCAUUCUGGUUGUUUGCAUAUCUCUUGAAAUAUCCAGAAGCGAUGAAGGCAGUGAGGGAAGAAAUAGAGCGAGUGCUAAGAGACACGGAUCAGGGAGAGACACCAUCGAACCUGUCCUUGCAGGCAAUCAAGACUCCUCUUCUUGACAGUGCCGUGGAAGAAGUUCUCCGCCUGAAAGCGGGUUCUUUUGUGUUUAGAAGCGUAAUGGAGGACAUCAACCUCAAGAUGGACGAUGGGAGAGAAUAUAGUCUUCGAAAAGGAGACCAUCUUCUUCUUUUUCCUUUCCUCGCGCUGCACAUGGAUCCAGAAAUCUACCCUGAGCCUCAAACAUUCAAGCAUGACCGCUUCGUCAGCCCAGAGGGUGAGAAAAAAGAGUUCUUCAAAAACGGGAAAAAGCUGAAACAUCAUAUCAUGCCCUUUGGGGGUGGGCCUUCCAUGUGCCCCGGCCGGUUCUUCGCUGUCAGUGAAAUGAAAAUAUUUGUCAUCUUGAUGCUCACCCACUUUGAUAUGGAGCUGAUUAACAUAGAAGAAGAACUGCCUCCUUCAUCUGAAAUCCGCAGUGGGAUUGGAGCGGCUCAUCCUGCGCAUGACAUCAUGUUCAAAUAUCGGCUGCGACUCUAA